AAAGAAUUAAGUAAUGACGUCAUUAACAAUAACAACAUUGAAAGAUAUGCUAAAUUAGUUUCGCAAUACAAAGACAAAAACAAUGUCGAUAGUGCAAGUUUCCUUGUCUUUCUGCUUACUUGUGUUCUAUUUCUUCACAACGGUUUUAGCAGAAAUUUGCGAUGAUGGAACAAAGUGUUCUCAAGCCUACUAUUGCUGCCGUGCUGGGUGUUGCUUUGGUAGCCGUGAUUCUAUUGACGACGUCAAUGACAGAAGAUACGCAUAUGGUUACAGACUGUCUAUUUGGAACAUGUGGUACUUUUGGUUUGUAGUCCUAUUCCUGAUGAUGAUGUGUUUUGGGGGAUGUGGCUACUACAAACAGAGGCAGAGACUCACAGCCCGUGGCCUGCAAGGUCAAGGCAGGCCGAGCUUCAUCUCGAUAUUCCAGGCAACACGCAGGCAGCGCAGGAACAUGGGUCAUGCCCCAACUCCCCAGUCAGACCUGAUGAUGGUGUAUCCAGAUCCAGUCAUGUCAAAUAGCUUUGCACCUCCACCCUAUAAUGAGGUUGUCAGUCACCCAAGCAUGUUUCCACCAAGUACCAAGACUUCCUAUCCCAGCAACGCACACAAUUACCUGCAAGGUCCUACAUCUUUUAGUGAAUCUUCUGUGCAGAUGCCUCAGCCACCUCCUUACAAUGAAGUAGCCAAUGAGGGAGUAUCACUGGCUGUGUCAGCCAACCAGAACCUGCCUAAUAAUAGUCCAGCCAAUCGAAAUGCUUCUCAGUGAAUUCGCACUAUUUUUCUGGUUUUAAGUGCAAUUUGGGGUUUAUAACUUAUCUUGUAUAACUUAAGCAAUAUUGGCACAUUUAUUUAUCCAUAUCAUAUAAUACUGCUUACACACUAUGCAUGCAUUCAAUCAAAUAUAUGAUGAAAACUUUAAAUCUUACUUCAUAUUAUAAAAAUGACAUUUUAUGUUCUGACAAAUUUUUAAAAUGGUGUGUGUAUAUAAUAACACAUAUUAAUGUCAACGGCUAUGAUCUUUAUAGCUAAGCUUGACAGUCAGGAUGUUGUUAUGCGUAUAUGUAAACAAUGUGUUUUUCUAUUUGUUGUCAUUGUAAACAAACGGACAGGGUGUAUAGUUACUUCAUUGCCUCAGCAUAACCAGAAUGGUUUAUAUGCAGUGAAACUUAGGUUCACACAGAUUGAUAGAUAUACUCUAGUGAUGGAAUUAUUAUAAUCAGGUGAAAAAAAUUGAUGUAUAUAAAAUUAUACCUAUACUACAUUUAUAAAAACACAGUACUUGGUUUUUUUUAGCUCACCUGAGCAAAACGUGCUCAUGGUGAGCUUUCUCACCUGAGAACAACGUGCUCAUGGAGAGCUUUUGUGAUCCCCUUAGUCUGUUGUGCGUCGUCUGUCGUCAACAUUUUGGCUUGUGAACACUCUAGAGGCCACAUUUAUUGUCUGAUCUUCAUGAAAUUUGGUCAGAACAUUUGUCCCAUUGAUACCUCGACUGAUUUCGAGAGUGGGUCAUUCUGGGUCAAAAAUUAGGUCACUAGGUCAAAAAAAAGAAAAACCUUGUGAACACUGUAGAAGUCACAUUUGAUGCCCAAUCUUUAUGUUACUUUGUCAAAAUGUUUGUCUAAAUGAUAUGUUGGUUGAGUUCAAAAAUGGUUCCGGUCCGUUGAAAAACAUAGCCGCCAGGGGGCGGGGCAGUAUUCCUUAUAUGGCUAUAGAGAAACCUUGUGAACACUCUAGAAGUCACAAUUUUUGCCCAAUCAUCAUGAAACUUGGCCAAAACAUUGGUUUCAUUGAUAUCUCAGACGGGUUCGAAAAUGGUCGAGAUCGGUGAAAAACAUGGCCACCAGGGGGCGGGAAGUUUUCCUUAUAUGGCUAUAGUAAAACCUUGUUAACACUCUACGAGGCCACAUUAAUUGUCCAAUCUUCAUGAAAUUUGGUCAGAAGAUUGGUCUGUAUGAUAUCUUGGAUGAGUUCAAAAAUGGUUACAUUUGCUUGAAAAACAUGGCUGCCAAGGGGCGGGGCAUUUUUCCUUAUAUGGCUAUAUAUGCCUAUAGUAAAACCUACCAAACCUUUCGAACUUGGAUGAGUUCGAAAAUGGUUACGUUUGCUUGAAAAACAUGGAUGCCAAGGGGCGGGGCAUUUUUCCUUAUAUGGCUAUAGUAAAAUCUUGUUAACACUCUAGAGGCCACAUUUAUUGUCCGAUCUUCAUGAAACUUGGUCAGAAGAUUCAUCCCAAUAAUAUCUUGGACAAGUUAAAUAAUUAUUCCGGUUGGUUAAAAAACAUUGCCGCCAGGGGGCGUGGCAUUUUUCUUUAUAUGGCUAUAGUAAAACCUUGUUAACACUCUAGCGGCCACAUUUAUUUUUCGAUCUUCAUGAAACUUGGUCAGAAGAUUUGUCCUAAUGAUGUCUUGGAUGAGUUCCAAAAUGGUUUCGAUUGCAUAAAAAACAUGGCCACCAGGGGGCGAGGCAUUUUUGCUAAUAUGGCUAUAUACACAUUUAUCAUGUUUUGUAAAACCAUGUUAACACCCUAGAGGCCACAUUUAUUGUCCGAUCAUCAUGAAACUUGGUCAGAUGAUUUGUCCCAAUGAUAUCUUGGAUGAGUUCGAAAAUGGUUCUGGUUGGUGGAAAAACAUGGCCGCCAAGGGGCCUGGCAUUUUUCCUUAUAUAGCUAUAGUUAAACCUUGUUAACACUCUAGAAGCCGUAUUUUUUGUACGAUCAUCAUGAAACUUUGUCAGAAGAUUUUUCCCAAUGAUAUUUUGGAAAAGUUCGAGAAGUUCCAGUUGCUUUAAAAACAUGGCCACCAAUGGGCGGGGCAUUUCUUAUAUGGACUAAUGAAUCUUCAUGAAACUUUGUCAGUAUAUUUGUUUAAAUGAUAUCUUGGAUGUGUAUGAAAAUGGUUCUGGUCUGUUGAAAAACGUGGCCGCCAGGGUGUUCACUAGGCAUGAAAGUUGGUAAGAACAUUUUGUUCUAAUGACAUCUUGGGCUGCACAGAACAGGUCAGUUCCUUUGAAUCUCAGGUGAGCGACUUUGGGCCUUUCAGGCCCUCUUGUUACUAUUUUGUUGACAUUUUUUCUCUGAAAAGUGCAAUAUAUCUGCUCAUUAGUUAGUUUAACUGACUGUAUGAAUGGUAGUGUUUUUGGAUUAGAAAAUAUUUCAUAGUAAAAGCGUACACAAUUUGCUUUAAGUUGAUUUUCUUAUUGAUUUAUUCUGAUAACACAUUCUUAUCAGUCUUUUAACAUGUUUCAAUAUUGAGAAAUUUCUCACAGCACAGGGUAAAAAUCAUUAUUUCCCAGGAUAUGAGAACACGAAUGUGCUCAAGUCAUCUAAGCUUCAGUCUAAGGUAAUUUGUUAUCAGUGUUUAUGUAAUCAAUGUUCAAUGCUAACGUUACCAGUAGCAAAAAUAGCUGAUGUUAAUUAGUUUUAAAUAAAAAAGAUUUAAGAAACUUUGGGUAAACCAUUUCUUGGGACAAAACUUGUUCAUGAAUUAACACUUUUAAUGUCAUUUUUAGCUCCUCUAUUUUUUGAAGAAAAAAAAGCUAUUGUCAUCACCUGGUCGUCUGCCUUGGUGUGGGCGUCCGGUUAAGUUUUGUGUUUAGGUCCACUUUUCUCAUAAAGUAUCAAAGCUAAUGCAUUCAAACAUGGCACACUUACUUACUAUCAUGAGGGGACUGGGCAGGCAAAGUUAGAUAACUCUGGCUGGCAUUUUGACAUAUAAUGUGCCCUUUUUUUGUUCCCCACUAUAGUAGUGGGGGACAUAUUGUUUUUGCCCUGUCUGUUGGUUGGUCUGUUGGUUGGUUGGUUUGCGCCAACUUUAACAUUUUGCAAUAACUUUUGCUAUAUUGGAUAUAGCAACUUAAAAUUUGGCAUGCAUGUGUAUCUCAUGGAGCUGCACAUUUUGAGUGGUGAAAGGUCAAGGUCAAGGUCAUCCUUCAAGGUCAGAGGUCAAAUAUAUGUGGCCAAAAUCGCUCAUUUUAUUAAUACUUUUGCAAUAUUGAAGAUAGCAACUUGAUAUUUGGCAUGCAUGUGUAUCUCAUGGAGCUGCACAUUUUGAGUGGUGAAAGGUCAAGGUCAUCCUUCAAGGUCAGAGGUCAAAUAUAUGUGGCCCGAAUCGCUUAUUUUAUGAAUACUUUUGCAAUCUUGAAGAUAGCAACUUGAUAUUGGGCAUGCAUGUGUAUCUCAUGGAGCUGCACAUUUUGAGUGGUAAAAGGUCAAGGUCAUCCUUCAAGGUCAGAGGUCAAAUAUAUGUGGCCCAAAUCGCUUAUUUUAUGAAUACUUUUGCAAUAUUGAAGAUAGCAACUUGAUAUUUGGCAAGCAUGUGUAUCUCAUGGAGCUGCACAUUUUGAGUAGUGAAAGGUCAAGGUCGAGGUCAUCCUUCAAGGUCAAAUAUAUGGGUCAAAAUUGCUCAUGUAAUGUCACUUCUGCAAUAUUGAAGCUAGCAAUUUUAUAUUUGAAAUGCAUGUGUAUCUCAUGGAGCUGCACAUUUUGAGUGGUGAAGGGUCACGGUCAAGGUCAUCCUUUAAGGUCAAACAUCAUAUAGGGGGACAUUGUGUUUCACAAACGCAUCUUGUUAUACUUAGAAAAUAACAAAUUUGGUUAAGUUUUGUGUUUAGGUCCACCUUAUUUCUCAAGUAUUCAAAGCUAUUGCUUUCAUACUUGCAACACUUACUAACUAUCAUAAGGGGACUGUGCAGGCAAAGUUAUGUAACUCUGAUUGGCAUUUUGACAGAAUUAUGGCCCCUUUUAUACAUAGGAAAAUUGAAAAUUUGGUUAAGUUUUGUGUUUAGGCCCACUUUAUUCCUAAAGUAUCAAAGCUAUUGCUUUCAUACUUGCAACACUUACUAUCAUAAGGGGACUGUGCAGGCAAAUUAAUGUAACUCUGACUGGCAUUUUGACAGAAUUAUGGCCCCUUUUAUACUUACAAAAUUUAAAAUUCGGUUAAGUUUUGUGUUUAGGUCAACUUUAUUCCUAAAGUAUCAAAGCUAUUGCUUUCAUACUUGCAACACUUGCUAUCAUAAGGGGACUAGACAGACAAAGUUAUGUAACUCUGACUGGCAUUUUGACAGAAUUAUGGCCCUUUAUCAACUUCGUAACUUUGAAUAUUUGGUUAAAUUUUGUGUUAAUAUCCACUUUUCAUCUGAAGUAUCAAGGCUUAUGCUUUCAAACUUCAAAUACUUUCUUACUAUUAUGAGGGUACUGUACCUGGCAAGUUGAAUUUGAUCCUGACCUUUGAAUAACCUUUACUCAAGGUCAACGUAUUAAAUUUUGCUAAAAUUGCCAUAACUUCUUUAUUUAUGAUCAGAUUUGAUUAAAACUUGACAAAACAACACUUACCUGACAUACCACAAUAGCCUCCACCCAAACCAUCCCCCACGCCAAACCAGAGAAUCCCCCCUCCCCCAAAACAGUUGUUUUUCCCCAUUUUUUUCUUAUUUUUGAAAGAUCAUCUUAUAAAUUACCAUACCCACACCCCACACAAUACCCUCCUCUGCCCCCCCCCCCCCCCCAUUUUUGGAAACAUGGUUAAAAAAACACAAACAUUUAUUUUUAUUAUUUUAUUUUUGAAAGACUGUUCAACCAUCCCACACAAGAAUCCCCCCACCCCCUCCAACCCCCACACUAUACACCCCUUUCAACCUCUCCCCCUUUUUGAUUCAAAGGUCAAAUAUAUGGCUUUAAAGCGACGCAGUAGGGGUAUUGUGUUUCACAAACACAGCUCUUACUUGUAUCUAAAUUUUCUGACACGAAUUUUGUUUAUUUUUAAGUGUCUGAAAACUUAGAGUCAUUACGGUAUCUUAUAUUCUUAAAAUAGUUUAUUUAUUAAAAAGUGAGAUUUGAGUUGUUGUUAAAGCUUUGCUGAUGCUUUGAUGGGGACAGUUAAUUUUUGUUGUAUUUUUAUUUAUUUUUUGAGUUAAAAAUAUGAAAAUCAUGAUUGUAUUACCUUGUAACACUAAUUCAUACACAUAUACAUACAUGUAUUUGUCUUGCUGUGUGCUUGUUGUAAUGUUAUUGUCAAACAGUAUCUACACUUGCUAUGUACCACAACACAUUCAAAGCCCUUAUUGUUAUUUAAAAUUUGCAAUUAGGUCUGACUUCUUACUAGUGUUCAUGUAUAUGCUUGAGAAAUCUAUAAUUCAAACCUUGUAAAAACUUGCUCAUUUGCAACAUCUCUUCAAAUUUUAACUGUCAACAAUUUAUGUUUUAUUUUCAAAACCUAUAUGCAUACUAUUUUACGUGCAACAUCAUUGAGGGGUCCUCUACAUCAUUUUUUUAAUCAAGCCCCUGGGGUAAAAAUUUAUGGUCCUAAACCAAGUUUAUUUAAAUGAUGCACAAUUGAGCCCAAGUACUCAUAAUUGGCAAUGCUUUUAGGAUACUGGUUUUACAUAUGUUGUAAUAACUUCAAAAAAAAUCUCUUGAACCUGAAGGUUUUGUUCAAAAACAUAUUGCAUUAUCAAAUACUGUUUCUGUGUGAUCAUGCUUUCAUAACCAAGAAAACAAUCCAAACUUUUCUCGAAAUCCUUUUUCAAAAAGGUCAUUCUACAAUUUCUGGUCCUAUUAUAUUUUAUUUUUAACUUAUUUAUUUUGUAUUAAAAUUAUUUUAGAUAUUGCUGUUGUACUUUUGUUUAAUGAUUUAUAAUUGUGUAUGCUAUUUUUUCUCACCCUUUGUUGUCGUUUCUCUUGGAAGCAAAUAAAGUGUUAUUCAAGCUC